CUUAGAUGGCAUAAUUCAAUCCGGACGGGGAGUACCAAGAGUCUCUACUCUUCCUCAAAGCCUCUGCACCUAUCUCUGCAGUCCUUCUAUGGCGAACUGGAGGCUUAUGUUCUUUGGUGUUGUGAUUGGCUGAAGCCUCAACUAGAACAGCGGGAGAAUCCUUCCAUUCUCGUAUUAGCUUCCCCUGGUCGAGCUUUGGAGCUGCAACUUUGUGAACAUUCAUUGAUCACACAGACACCUGUGAACGUCUUGCACUGUCACAAACCAAAUAUCUGAUCCUCUGCGCCGGAUCUGACGUAUUCAAGAUGUCGUUUGGGGCACGCCUUUCAUCGGGCUUUUUCAAUGGCAUCUUCCGGAGAAAUGCCUUCUUCCUCACGACCGUCUUCGCCGGCGCAUUCGCGUUCGAGCUUGCAUUCGAGGGUGGAACAAACGCAAUGUGGGACAGCUGGAACAAAGGGCGACAAUGGAAAGACAUCAAGCAUAAAUACAUGACCGCAGAAGAGGACGAGGACGAAUAAUUCGAUAACUCGGAGCUCGGGGACGACCAAGAGUUGAAAGAGAAUAGAGACCAGAACACAGCUUGGGUCAUCGCGAUGGCGGUCAUUGCGACAAGCAUUGUACAUAAGAAGCUAUGAAAAUACCAAAAUCAAGCGUGCUUGAAGAAUACCCUUUGAGGGAUAUGGGCUAGCCCACCUCAACGACAGAGAUGGAGAAUGUUGAUCUCGCGGCAUCCUCUAUGUCUAUCAUUGCUGAGCCCCUUUGCUGUGUUGCUUCAGAUCCUAGGGAGUGUGAUCAUCUCAUCGGCUAUGCAGAGACCAGUGCCACAAAAUUUUAUGUGAUGCUCGGAUGAUGGUAGCAGAAGCCUAUGCAGCUGCAGACUCGGUGCCUGAUAAUCUUCAUCACCACGUUGGGCCUACAUGAGGGUCCGUGGGCUGAUCUGUAGAACGUUUGCUAUAUUGAUUCAAGUUGUGCUCGAUGAAGGUCAUGCAUGCGCUCUACGAAACUCAUGUUAAUGAAAG